UACCACCACCCACUAACAAACCAACCCGGAACUAUCUCUCAAUCACUAAAACCCUUUCUUCUUCUCUUUCAAAUCCACUCACUCCAAGAGAGAGAGACUAGUAAACACACAGAGAGCAUUCCCUCCAUUAAUGCCUCCCUGCAACAAAGCGUGAUAGAAAAAAAAAGAAUCAUAACUCUUUUUACCGUCUCGAAUUAAAAUCAAACUUGUGUGUUUGCUCUUUGGAUUUUUAAACUAUUUGAUAGAGAUUAUGGAGAUGGAUCUGAGCAAGGUUACUCUUGACAUUUUCACCAAGCUCGAACAGAAAUGGCUCUCCCACUGCGACACCACCAGGAAGACUCGCAUCCUUAGCAUCGACGGUGGUGGAACCACUGCCAUUGUCGCCGGAGCUUCUAUCAUUCACCUCGAAGAUCAGAUCCGCUUCCAGACCGGUGAUCCUCACGCUCAGAUCUCCGAUUUGUUCGACAUUGUUGCCGGAACCGGAAUCGGAGGCAUACUCGCCGCCCUGCUCGUCGCCGACGAUGGCUCCGGGAGGCCGAUGUUCACCGCCAGGGAAGCUGUUAAGUUUAUGGAGGAGAAGAACUCGGAGCUCUUCGAGAUCAGGCAGACGGGAGUGUUCAGGAGGAAACAGAGAUACUCGGGGAGCAGCAUGGAGAGGGUGCUGGAGGCAGCGUUUCGGAGGGAGGACGGUAAGGUUCUGACGAUGAAGGACACGUGUAAGCCUCUCCUCGUUCCCUGCUACGACCUCAAAACCUCCGCGCCUUUCGUUUUCUCACGCGCCGGCGCAUCCGAGUCGCCGAGCUUCGACUUCGAGCUUUGGAAAGUCUGCCGCGCCACGUCGGCGACUCCCAGCAUGUUCAAGCCGGUCAACGUGGUGUCGGUGGACGGAAAGACGAGUUGCUCGGCCGUUGACGGCGGUUUGGUGAUGAACAAUCCGAGUGCAGCUGCGGUCACGCACGUGCUCCACAACAAACGAGAUUUCCCGUCGGUGAACGGCGUCGAUGACCUGCUCGUCUUGUCGAUAGGAAACGGUUCGUCCUCAACUCCAGGAAGGAAACUUCAGCGUAAUGGAGAGUGUUCCACGUCAUGCGUCGUGGACAUCGUGCUUGACGGAGUUUCCGAUACCGUUGAUCAGAUGCUUGGGAACGCUUUCUGCUGGAACCGUACGGACUACGUUAGAAUCCAGGUGAGCGGUUUGACUAGCGGCGGAGAUGGAAUUGUGGGGCCGAGGAAAACGGCGGAGGAGUUGUUGAAAGAGAGAGGUGUCGAAACGGCACCGUUCGGAGGGAAACGGUUACUAACGGAAACCAACGGAGAAAGAAUCCAGAGUUUCGUGCAACGCCUUGUUGCUUCUAGCCUCCCUCCAAGUCCUUGCAAAGAAUCUGCCGUUAAUCCUCUCGCCGACGGCCGUUAAGUGUGUUUUAUUGUUAUUUUAUUUAGGAUCUAAGCAUAAUAUAAAGAGUGCCCGUGAUGUAAGUUUGUAAGCAAACCCAGGGUUAACUUUUAACCCCGCAUCCUUGUUUUUUAUCUCCCGAGUUAAUUAGAUUUUCUUAUAUGACUCAAUAAUGAAUGAUAAUCUAUUUAUUAUUUA